AUGACUUUCAACCCCCAGCUCGACAUCCCCGCCCUCACGGACAAAGUCAUCCUCGUAACAGGUGCCACCGAAGGCCUAGGCAAGCAAACCAUCCUAGACCUCGCCCAACACCAUCCCGCGAAGAUCUACCUCGCCGCGCGCUCCCGCCCGAAAGCCGAAGCAGCCCUAAAAGAUAUCCAAACCAAAGCCGGACCCAACUGCGCGCCCAUCGCCCUCCUCGAUCUCGACCUCGCCUCCCUGGACUCCGUCGCCCGCGCCGCAGAGAAAAUCAAAGCGCAGGAGUCACGGCUCGACAUUCUCAUCGCCAAUGCGGGUGUUCUAGGCGCAAAAGGCGCCACUAAGGACGGGUACGAGAUCCAGUUUGGCGUGAAUCACCUUGGGCAUGCGCUGCUUAUCCGGCUUCUACUACCACUUUUAAUGCGCACUGCGCAGCGCGAUGACGUGGCGGUAGGUGAGACGCGCGUGGUGAUCGUUGGCUCCCUCGCGGAGAAACUCGCUGCUCCUGCAGAUGUGAUCUACCCAUUUGCGGAGCUGGAGCGCGGCGAAGCGCCGCCGAUGAUGGGCAUGAUGGCGAGGUAUGGGUUGAGCAAGCUGGCAAAUGUGCAUUAUGCGGCGCAGCUGGCGCGGCAUUACCCUGAGGGGGAGUCUGGGGUGAGGUUCGUGGCGCUGCAUCCUGGGGCUGUGAGGACGAAUCUUGGGGAGAUGCUGAAGACGUGGCCGAGGGUGCAGAGCGCGCUGCGCGGGUUGGUGGGCAUGUUUUUUGGGCUGGUUCCUGUGGAAGAGGGCGUUUUGGGACAGCUUUGGGCGGCGACUUGGCCGGUUGGGAGGGUGGAUGGGAUCGGUGAGCCUCGGUCUGGGGUGUUUUAUCAUCCUGUUGGGGUAGAGGGGGGAGGGACUCCGUUGGCUUAUGAUGAGGGGAAGGCGGGGGAGUUGUGGGAGUGGACGGAGAACGUCUUGAGGGGGCAUUUGGAGGGUGCAUAG